AAACAAAUGAAUCUCUAAGGCCGUCAAAUCACAUCCGCAUGAAAACAUCUGUGCAUUACGAAUGCUGACACCUGGCUGACACUGAACAUUCCACCGUAAUGGUUUGAAAGAAUGUUGAAGACUACGUUUUGAGGAUGAUAUAGAAAUAUUCAUCGUUUUAUGGAGCUGUCAGGGGUAAUAAUGAAUUUUUCGAUUUUAUCAUUUCGUUUUGCGAGGACUGUUUCGUUAUUUCAAUGUAAAGUGCGGAAGUCUUUUUGUACUUGCCCCACCUUACGCAAGGAAGUACCAAAAAACUUGAAGGGAAAAAGUAAAAGUUCACAAGAAUGGUUAAUACGUCAGAUGAAAGAUCCUUACGUUGAAAAGGCAAGAAUGUCAAAUUACAGAUGUAGGAGUGCAUUCAAACUUUUGGAGAUAAAUGACAAAUAUAAUUUUCUAGCUGCUGGACAAUGCGUUGUAGACUGUGGAGCAGCCCCUGGAAGUUGGACACAAAUUUCAGUGGAGAAAACAAAUUCUUUAGGCAAUCGAAGAAAUGAGGCAAUAGGGCGAGUUAUAGGAAUUGACUGUCUUUCAAUAUACCCUAUAGAAGGAGCAAUUUUGUUAAACAAUAUGGAUUUUACCUCAAAGGAAGCUCAAGAAAAGUUGCUAGGACACCUCCAAGGACAGAAAGUUGAUGUUGUGUUGAGUGAUAUGGCACCAAAUGCAACAGGAUUAAAAUUUAUGGACCAUGAGAAGAUCAUUCAUUUGGCAUAUAAUGUUCUAAGAUUCAGUGUCCAAGUAUCUGUGGUGGAAGGCACAAUGUUAGUGAAGAUAUGGGAUGGUCAAGAAGCAGAUGUGCUUCGUAAGGACAUUAAGAGGUAUUAUAACAAUGUUAAAAUAGUGAAACCUAAAGCUAGUCGAUCUGAUUCAUCCGAAAAAUACAUCCUUGCAAGAGAUUUUAAAGGUUUGGAAACAUGAUUUGUAGUAACAUGUAGGUGAACUGUUUGUAGUGAUUUUUAAAAUUGUUAUACUUCUCAUUUAUUUUGUGAAUAUUUCAAAAGUCUGAACAAAAAUAAAAAUUGUUAAAAUUGAAUUAUAUAUUAAAGGGUUUGAGCAAAUCUGAUGACAGUUGAUUGGAGCUAUCCCAUUGUGUACAAGAAAAUAUACAAUUUUUAAUUUCAUUUUUAUAAUUUAGAAAAUGUAUUUGUUUACAAUAAAAUCUGUAUAAAUCAGAACCUGUACAAGCUGGAAACCUGCCUUAACUGAAAAAUUUCUCCAUCCUGUGAAAUUAAAUAACAUUUUACACAGCAUAAAACGGAACCUGUCCAAUGUGGAAAUGGAACAGUUUUUUGUGUCUCAUGAGGGAAAAAUCUUUAUAAAUCAGAAUUCCUGUGCAUUUAAUGCCAUUGACAAUGAGACAGGAAAUAUUCUUAAUGUAAUGAAUGCAUCUGCAAGUCUGUUUUAAUUUAUCUGUCCCAUGACACGCGAUUUAGUUGUUACAGCCACACAGUACAGGAGACGGGAUUCAGCUGUUAGCGUAGAAUUCGACCUUGUGCCUCAAGGCAUAGGCAGUAGGGAAAUUCCCUCCUUCCCACUCUGAGUGUAGGAAGGUGUCUGGGCGUGGCUUCUAUUCAUGCAUCUGUCUGCCCCUUGAGAAUCUUAAACCCCACAGCCAAGAGUCAAAACAAAUUUAUAAAAUUGUUAAUUUUAAUGCUUUCUAAAGUAUUACCUGAUUGGUGUGAGCAAUGACAAAUUACUUUGGUUAAUUGUUGAUGUAAAUAAGUUUAAAUUCAACUUUAGCAUUUGGUCCAAGUAUUUACAAAUGUAUUCUCAACACAAUGAACCACAGUUGAGUGGCACUAUUUUC